AUGGCGGCAAGACAAGCAAGAACAUAUACAGCAGAGGAAGUUGCUAGGAUUGUCAUGGAUGUUCCCGAGGAUAGCGAUGUCUCUGACUUCGAGGGGGAAGAAGGAGAUCAAGAAAGCAAUAUGGACGGGGGGCAGCACGGCCCUAUUACUCUUCUGGAAGCUGACUUUGAGCCAGUAAAUUUUUUUAGUCUUUUAUUCCCUGAAGAACUCUGGGAUAUUUUAGUAGAACAAACAAAUCUGUAUGUUGCCCAGAAACAAAGAAAAACUUGGCUCUGUGACACAAAUAAAGAUGAGAUGAAAGCAUUUGUUGGUGCCCUUUAUUUCAUGGCUUUACACAGACUGCCCAAUUUUGAUCAUUACUUUUCUCGGGAUUGGGUAUUUGCUGUUCCUGCAAUGCAAAGUGUUUUUACCAGGAACCGAUUCUGGCAACUGUGGCAGAAUUUUCAUUUGGCUGACAACACAAGGCAGCCUGCUCCUACUGAUGAUGCCUAUGAUAAGCUCUACAAGUUAAGGCCCAUGAUCAAUGGAAUGAAAGAAAAAUUCGAGCAUUCAUACAAUAUUGGCCAGAAAGUUUGUGUUGAUGAGCACAUGGUAAAGGGAAAAGGGAGAAAUCCUUUCAAACAGUACCUUCCCAUGAAACCAAUCAAAAGAGGUACAAAAAUCUGGGAAUUGGCUUGUUCAUGUUGUGGAUACCUUUAUGAUUUCCAGGUGUACACAGGGAAAUCUGGUGGAAAUGCUGAAAAAGGUCUAGCACAUCGGGUUGUUACUGACCUAGUUGCGCAACUUCAGGACAGAGGAACUGUAUUGUACAUUGACAAUUUCUUUACCAGCAUUCCCCUUUUGCAAGAGUUGAGUGAGCUAUCAAUCAGUGUUGUGGGAACAAUAAGAAAUAAUCGAAAAAAUUACCCAAAGGCUUUGCAGGGUAAAAACUUACUAAAACAAAUGAAGCGUGGUGAAUUUCAUACUGUGGCAUCUGAAACAACAGUUUGCACAGUGUGGAAAGAUACCAAACAUGUUUCUUUUUUAACAAAUGUGCACUCUUCUCAUGGCAAUUGCACAAUCACCAGAAAACUGAGAAGAGGUGAACAGUUAAAUUUGCCCUGCCCGCCAUGUGCAGUUGACUACAAUAAGAACAUGGGUGCUGUCGAUCGAAAUGAUCAAAUGGUGCGCAAUUAUGCUAUUGAUCGCAAGUCCAGGAGAUGGUGGGUGAGAAUGUUUGUUAACUUUUUGGAUGCAAUUAUGGUCAAUGCAUACAUUGUGUACAAGGAAAAUUUCCGAAUUAUGAACAUGCCACCUCCACAAAAACCCCCAAAGCCAUUGUCCCAUGACAAAUUUAUGGCUGGUGUCAUCCACAAGCUGAUUGGAAAUUUUUCUUGCCGACGUCAGCCUGGCCCAGCACCAGCCAUGCCUCCCCCUCCAUUUCAUGGAAGGGACCAUGAUUCUGUCAAUCUUGCUGACCUGGGGCUCCUGAAGUUUGGAAGAUGUCACCACUGUUGCAUUGGAGUGAAAGGAGCAAAGCGAAAGGAAACUGGCUUUGGCUGCAGAUCUUGCAUGAAACGUUUAUGCCGUUCUGGUUGUCAUGAAGAAUACCACAGGCAGAACAAUAUCUUCUAA